UACCCAGGGGUCGCUGCGCAUCGCGCAGGCGUGCUGGCUUUGCCUGAGCAGGCGGGAGAAAGGCUUCCUUCGUGUGAGGAGACAGAUAUUUCUCAGGGAACGUGACAUGAAUAAGCGGAAGAAGUCAUUCCCUGUGGCUACAAAGGAUGGUACAAUACCUGUUGUAAAGAAGGUGAAAAAGAAAUGUUUUCAGUCUGGUGAGGAACAAGACACAGACACAAUAGAAACAGAAUGCAAGACUGUGACAAAAGAGCAAGAAACAGAAGAUGUUUCAAUAAAACCUGCCAAGGAGGAAAAACUAGCAAACAGCAAUAAUAAUGUGGAACAUACAGAGCACAGAACAAGUAUGAUUCUACAAGAGGGAGAAGAAAAAGCCUGCGGAGCAAAUAGAUCACAGGAUGGAGAACAUUUCUUAUUUCCACUUUCUCAGAAUUCAGUGGGAAAAUAUGUUCCUGUCUUUGCAAAACCAAAAAGUCGUCUUUCCCGCAGUAAUUCUGUGAAGCAUGAUGUGGAGAAUACAGGCAAAGAGAGCUUAAACAACAGUAAAGUGGAUGGCAACAAUAGUCCUCAGAACAUGGAUCUUGGAAGUUCAGAAUUUUACCUGCCUGCUGCCAAACACCAAAUGCAGAUAUCACAGCAACCACCAGAGCAGACUGCCUGUAACACAACAUCAAAUCAGUUAAAUCCAGAAGGGUCAGGGAAAGAGAUAGAUGAUGAUUCUGUUAAAGAAAGGAGCAAUGACGAUGUUUUGCCCUCAGACAUGCAAAUAAGGACACAGUUUGUAGGUCAUGAGACAAAGGAGCAGGCUUGUCACUCAGACCAAAAAAAUCUCAAGAUUAGUGAAGAAAAAAAUAAAAAGAACAAAUUGGACCACCAUCAGGCUGAAAUGGAUGUGUUGUACAGCACUCCGAUCCCAAUAGCUCACAGCACACCUUAUGAAUCGCUGCCAACUCAGUCAGACUCUAAAACACAGAACUCAGGCACAUGUUUGUCUGAUGAACUUUUGCACCAUUGCCUUUACCAGGAAAAGACUGAUGUUGUGCCAGUCAGCCAUGAUGAAUUGACCCUUUGCCAGGAUGUGAAAAAGGAAUGCACGAUAGCAAGCAGUAAGGAGGUCGCUGAGAAUGAGGAAGGAUGUGUUCUUGUAUCUGAGACAUUAAAGAAUUCUGGUUACAAAGGAAAGACUAAUAAUCUUCCAGUGGUCUGUGAAAUGCUAACUGGAAGCGAAGUUAACAGACAAGAACUGGCUGUCCAAAUGAACUUGAUUGCAAGUACACCAGCACAGAAUGAUUUGAAAGGUACUACUUGUUUACAAUCCACUGAAGACUUCUGUUCCAACUCCCUCCACCCGUCAUUUGCCACUAAUGUUGUAAAUCAGAUGGACUACACCUUUAAUUCACAAACUGAUGUGAUAGAUAGACAAAAAUAUGUAAAAGAGGAACUGCAAGAGCCACCCAGCUCUGUGGCCAGAUUAAGCAUUGCAAUAGGAAAUAAUGUCCAGCAAAACAUAGAUGCUUGCCAAAAGGAUGAUGACACGAAUGGGCCUUGCAGCUCUGGCACCGAAGUGACCAUCAGCACAAUUCUGCACAUAGACUCAGAUGACUAUCAAGUUAAACCUCAGCUGCAGUCCAGCCAAUGCUUUCUGGAAGAUAAAACAGUGGGGAUUGAGCAUGAGAUUCUACCUGGGUACCAAAACGAAAUGGACAUUGAAAGUCAGAAAAUUACCCAGAACGUUUGUAAAAGCUUUCAUAGUCAUGAAGUUAAUAUCGAGCAGUGCAGCUCUGUGAAUUGCAGUCAUCCUGGUGAGGAAACAAACCAGCUGAAACAGGAAAAAUUAAGUAAUAAUCACAGCAACAGCCUAAUAAUGACUGCCUUGACUGCUCAGAGUCAUGCUGGGCUGGAAGAACAGUGUGUUGGAUCCAGGCAAUCAGAGUUUUCAGAAGCUGCAUUACUUAACAUUAUGCUCGGUUACUGUCAAACUGAUCUGCUUUCAGCAAACAAGCCAAUUGUUGCGUCUGAGAGCACUGGGGCUUUAAAAAUGAAUAAUGUAAACAGCUGUGGUUCAGAACCCCAACCUGGCCUUAAAGGUAAUGUCACUGGAUCACAAGAGCUGGAAAUCACAGAAAAAGCCAUACCUGUUACACACCUCAGUCCUUCUUAUACAACAGUCCAUUCAAUCAAGACUGAAAGUGUUGUUGCCACUGAAGGCCGUGAUCAUCAGAUGCUUUUUGACAGUAAUUGUGAUGGAAAAGCUAUGAAGGACAACAAAGAAUUAGGCAUCAAAUUACCACUGGUCAUUACUGACGAGCUAAAAUCCAGCAUUUUUUCAUCAAUGGAUAACAUGGACCGCCAAACUGAAAACAAUUCACAGAAAAAUUCUGACAGAAAAAUCAAAGAAGAUUUAGGUAGAAGACAGAUUGAACACAAGGCUGACAUUAAAAGAACAAAAGAAGAUGUUUCUGUAAGUUUACCAGGCACUAGCACAGAAGACUGUAUUGAUAGGCAUCAGCAGGAUGAUAAAACAAAGAAAGAGAUUGAAGGAAGUAAAUGUGAAAGGAGUAUAUCUUCAGGCAUAGAAUGUGGAGGUAUAAACAUCAGUAGUAUUCAGGAAUCAGUUGUAGAACAAUCUGCUCAGCUCUCAAUAAGUCAUAUUGCAGAGAAAGAACUUUCAAAUGAAGCUGGCACUCUUGAUGAAACAGAUUUCCCUGUGGAAAAGUUGGACAUGGAACUGGAUUGUGACCUCGUGUCCGGAGAUGUGAACACACUACCCAAAACUGGUCCAAAUCUCGCAGCCAUUCCAGUAGCCUUUUCACUGCAACGGCCCCCUGAAGAUUUCACAAAGAAGCACGGAUAUCUUUCAAUGAUGUUUCCGCCUUCACGUAAUGAAAUGCCAGGUUCUUGUUCUGAAGGUAAUGAUGUUGACACAGAAACUGGCUGCUAUGACAAACUUAAAAAAUAUCAGGGAAUAAAUGGCAACAAUGAAAGUAAAGGCUGCAGAUUGCCUGUGGUGGAUGUGGGUUCCUGUGGUAUGGAGCAGGAAAGUAAGAGGACUGUGCGAACACCUCUCGGUGCAGACCAAGUGACUAAAAGUGAACAAAAUGGAUUCCCUUGUGCAAAAAGCAAGGUACUAACCAAACUCAGUCCUCACGAGGUACAACCAGAUGUUGAAGAUUACAAAUUACAACUCAUUAUACCAACAUUAGAAAAUAGAGCAGUGAUGGAUCUUUCACAACUCAGUGCCCCUCAGGAAGAUAAUGCUAAUAUAUCUGAGCUGGAAGAUCUGCACUUAAGUGAAUCCGACUGGCAGGCCUUUUCGCCUUCUGCAGAAGAAGAAGAUGCUACACAUGUUGUCUGUGGUCUCAUUAAUGAGCUAUCCAAAAUCAAUCGUGUCAUUAUGAUCACUCGUCGGGAGCUGGAGAGCAUGCGACGAUACAAAAACAGGAGAGUGAGACCAGUUGGCAGGCACCUGCAUAUCUCAAAAGGAACAACAAAUGUAACAUAUUCGAUGAAGAGGAAAGAUCCAUGAGAAGAAUUACAGCUUGCAACCUGAUAAAAAGGUUCAUGAUUUACAUAUAGGUGCAAAGUAUUUACUACUCAGAAACAGGCUGUUCAGCCUAACAGGUCCAU